AUGCUGCCAGUCCGGCCACACGCGGCUGCUAUGCAUUUGUUGGCCAGUCCAGGACCGUCUCGGGAAGCUCUGCUGCAGUGGUACGAUGGAGUUCAUGCGGUCCGAGGCAUGCCCUGGCGGAAGCCCUAUCAAGACUCGUGGGAUGCAGAAGAGAAGGCCCAGCGAGCGUACGAGGUUUGGGUUUCGGAGAUCAUGCUCCAGCAAACGCAAGUUGCCACCGUGAUACCUUAUUAUAAUAAGUGGAUGGAGAGGUUCCCCACCAUUCGCGCCUUGGCAGCAUCCGAUAUAGAUACCGUGAACGGACUGUGGAAAGGUCUGGGGUACUACUCGAGAGCCGCCCGCCUGCUAAGCGGCGCGCAGAAAGCCGUCGAGGAGUUUGGUGGCCGCCUCCCGGAUAACGCCCAAGACAUGGAAUCAAAGAUCCCCGGCAUCGGACGCUACAGCGCCGGCGCCAUAUGCUCCAUUGCGUACAGCCAGUGUGUCCCUGUGCUCGAUGGGAAUGUGCACCGGCUCAUGAGCCGCUUACUAGCGCUGCACGCUCCGCCGAAGGCGAAGCAGACGUUGGACGUCCUCUGGGCGGGUGCGAGCGCCUUCGUAAAAGAUGCCGAACGCCCAGGUGAUGUGAACCAGGCGCUGAUAGAACUUGGAUCAACCGUCUGCAAGGUACGCGACCCAGCGUGUACUUCCUGCCCGCUGCAGCCGUGGUGCGGCGCAUACGAGCAGCAGGCGUGCGCGGGAACGCACGACGAGGGUGCAAAAGAUGCGACGUCCUCCGCUGGUCAUGCGGUCCCGGACAUCGAGGAGCUCUGCACCCUGUGCGAGCCCCUCCCGGCGGGCUCGCCGGUGACCGCGUAUCCCAUGAAGGCGGAGAAGAAAAAGGCGCGUGAAGAGCUCGACAUAGUGAACGUUAUCGAGUGGCGCAAGCACGCCGCGAAGGGCGGGCGCUGGUUCCUGCUCGUCCGGCGUCCGGAAGGAGGGCUUCUCGCCGGCCUGCACGAAUUUCCCACCGCACCAAACGUCCCCGUGACCACCCCGUCGACGUCUGCGCACAUCGAGAUAGCAGAUUCGCUCCUCGCUGCGCUUCUCGCCUCUCCGCCGCCCCCUGCCGCAAAAUCGGAUGGCCAGACCGCUCGACGCACCGCUGCUCCCCCUGCCCCUGCUGCCCCAGCACGCACCCCUCGCCCGCUGCGGGUGGCGAAGAUCGUGCCCGCCGGUGACGUGCUGCACAUAUUCUCUCAUAUCAGGAAGACGUACCGCGUGCAGUGGGUCGUGCUAGAAGGGGGCGCCAGCGAGGAGCCCCCGGCCCUAGUGCAGGAGCCUGAUUUCACGCUAUUCGGAGCCGCUGCGCCCAGCACCUCUAAAGGUAAGGCUCCCCCGAAGACGCGCAAGGGCUCGUCCGACAGAUCUCGCGGAAAAAUUUCGCCAGCGGCUUCGUCUCGCCCCCAGGGCUCGCUGUGGGUUCCUAUGGAGGCUGUAGCCGACACCAAUAUCGGCACUGGCGUAAUGAAGAUCUGGCGGCAAGUCCGUGCGCUCUGGGACGACGCGGAAAGCGACGACCACAGUGAUUAA